CUUCACCCGGAAGUUGGAGCAUAACAUUGUGCGUGCAUGUAAAAACAAACAAUACAGAAUAGUUGAAAUAAUAAGUGUAUCUUCUGUGUUUGGCAGCAGAGUGCAGGAGCAAGUUCACCAUGAGAGGAACAGCUAAAGGAAAGGUGGUGACGUCAGGGAGGCUGACCGGAGGAGGCAGAGUGCAGCUCUCCAGGAGACGCACUCCCUCAAACCCAGGAGCAGCAGUCCGCGCUGAGCCAGCAUAUUCCCUGUACUCCACAGACUCUGAGGACCAGGUCACCACUCUGCACCGGGGGCUGGACCGCUGUGCUGCCUUGCUCGUGGGCAUGCUUCAGGCUGAGAAGGCAGAACCCUUGCCAGGCCUUCCUAAAGGAGUAAAGCUGGGAGCAGCUAAAUCAAGACCCUCCACCUCACUAAGGAAGAAGACCAUUGGGAACACAGAACAGAGAGGACCAGCUGCUGCUGCCAUCUUACCACAGAAGCUCCGCCCCCCUCAGAAACAAGCCCCCACCCUGCAACUACGCCCUCCCACCCCUCCAGCCCAGCCCCAGACUUCCAUCCCCCCACCUCAGCCUACCACGCCUCAGCCCUCCGUCCCUCCACCUCCGCCCCAGACCUCCAUCCCCCCACCUCAGCCCCCCACCCCGCCCCAGAGCUCCAUCCCCCCACCUCAGCCCCCCACCCCGCCCCAGACCUCCGUCCCCCCACCUCAGUCUGACCGUCAGGCUGCUUCUGAAGCUCCGCCCACAUCCUGUCUGUCAGAUUGUGAUGUAGAAGAGGAGGAGUGUGUACCUGUGAGAGACACGGACACACACACGGCUGUCAGACAAACACACACCUGCAGCGUCGUGAUGCCAAACACGCAGAUGGAGACGGGACACGUUGCUAUGGUUACUGAGGACACGCGCGUCGGGGAGAGAAAGAUGGUGCAGAAUCUGCUGGAGGAGCUGAAGGCUCUGAUCACAGGACAAGGUAGUGCAGCAGAGAGGCUGCUCAGUCAUCUGGAGCAGAGCCUGUCCUCCCAGCUGAUGGAUGUUGGGGGUCCCGUGCAGACUGCAGUGGACCUCUCAUCAGUACAGAACCAGAACUGUCAGCUCCGCAGGCGUGUCAGGAUUCUGAACCUGCAGCUGAAGGAGAGGGAGAAGGCAGCGUUACACAGCAUGGAGCCCCUCAAUAACUCUGCAGUGUGUUCUCUGCAGGAGCAGCUGGACGGCGCUCAGUCCCGGCUGCAGGAGCUGCAGGAGGAGCUGACGGGAGUACGGAAAGACCUGAGGGACACCCAGAGCCAGCUGAGGGACAAAGAGGACGAGAACACACUCCUUACAGCAGACUUGGAGGCCACUAGAAGCAGGUUGCGGGACAGUGAGCGAGAGAAGACUGUGUACUCUUCACUCGCCCAGCAACGACUGGAAGAGAGAGAAAACUGUAAUAGGGUUCUUCAGAGUCUGGAGUCGACCAAAGCCUGUUUCCUCCCACAGCAGCCCCCCCCUGAACGCAUCACACACUUCCUGCUGUCCCUGGGUCAGCCUGUGUCUGCAGAGAUAGGGGACAACCCGCUGAGAGACACUUCAUCCCAUCCUGACGUCACCCUGACCGACCAAUCACUUUCUCCACAUGAGGUCCAGGCGGGGGGGUGGGGGCUCCUGUCCCACGCAGACGGCUCCGUGUGUUCUGAUCUGAGCAGCAGGUCCGGCUCCACCUUGGACAGCAGGGCGGAGGCUGCGUUCAGGGACGGGCUGGCAGCGCUGGACGCCAGCAUCGCCAGCCUGCAGAGGACCUUUCAGCUGGACCUGGGGGGGGGCGAGGUGAUGCACACUCGGCUCUAAAUAACUUUUAACUCUAUAUUAUUGUGCAUUUUUUAAUAUUUAUAAUAAAUGAUGUUUCAGAUUUGAA